ACAUCUCUUCAUGCACACUGAGUACUCAAUACCAACUCAAAAGGUCAACCAAAAUGCGAACGUCCACCACCACCUCCUCCGCCUUGUUUCUCCUCCUCUCCCUCCUCUUUCUCUCGGCAAAAACUACUUCUUCGCAGUCACAAUCCGAUGCAUGCAAGUCCACGCUCUACCCCAAGCUAUGCCGUUCGAUCCUCUCCACUAUCAGAUCCUCACCGUCCGAUCCAUACAACUAUGGUAAGUUCUCCAUCAAAGAGUGCAUCAAGCAGGCCCACAAGAUGUCCAAGUCCAUUAACUACCUCCUCAGCCACGACAAGUAUCAGUCCAAGCUGAGCCACCCAGAAGCCGCGGCUCUGGCCGACUGUUACCAGCUCUCGGAGCUGAAUGUGGAUUACUUGGAAGCCACUUCGAGUGAGCUGAAGUCGGCUGAGCUGUUGAGCGACGAGCUGGUGGAGAAGAUCACGAGUUUGUUGAGUGGAGUCGUGACGAACCAACAGACCUGCUUUGAUGGCUUGGCUGAAGCCAAGAGUGGGGUCAUGGCUGGAUUGGGUGAGCCGCUCAAGAAUGCAACCAGGUUGUAUAGUGUGUCGCUUGGGUUGGUUUCGCGUUCUCUGGACCGGAAUUUGAAGAAGCACAAGAGGAAGUUCGGUGGGUCCGGUAAACCGAACUGGCCGGUUCGUCAGCGGCUCGAAAGUCUUAUCAAGGCUCUAAGAAAAACUUCUUGUCAUAACGAUAAGUGGAAGAAAUGUAACAGAGGAUCAGAAAGAAUCCUUGGAGAAUUACAGAGCAAUGGAAUCAUUGUCCAGGACGCUGUGAUAGUAAGUCCUUAUAAUGGAACAGAAAACUUCACAACAAUUGGAGAUGCCAUUGCCUUUGCACCAAACAAUACAAAGCCUGAAGAUGGUUACUUUGUCAUCUAUGCAACAGAAGGGUAUUAUGAGGAGUAUGUCAUUGUUCCUAAAAAUAAGAAAAACAUAAUGCUCAUUGGAGAUGGUAUUAAUCGUACUGUCAUCACCGGAAACCAUAACGUUAUCGAUGGCUGGACGACGUUCAAUUCUUCCACUUUCGCUGUUUCGGGAGAGCGAUUUGUCGCGGUUGACGUUACGUUCAGGAACACAGCAGGUCCUGAGAAGCACCAAGCAGUCGCAGUAAGAAACAAUGCCGACCUCUCCACGUUCUAUCGAUGCAGUUUCGAGGGCUACCAAGACACUCUUUAUGUACACUCCCUCAGGCAAUUCUACAGAGAAUGUGAUAUCUAUGGAACCGUCGAUUUCAUAUUCGGGAACUCAGCUGCUGUGUUUCAGCAAUGCAAUUUGUACGCUAGAAAACCAUUGCCUAACCAGAAAAACGCGUUCACAGCGCAAGGACGUAGCGAUCCCAAUCAGAACACCGGAAUCUCUAUCCAUAAUUGCACGAUCCAAGCUGCGCCGGACCUGGCAAUGGACUUGAACUCCACUACUAUGAAUUACUUGGGUCGACCAUGGAAGCUGUACUCGAGGACUGUGUUCAUGCAAUCGUAUAUCGGUGACCUUAUUAGUCCGGUUGGAUGGUUGGAGUGGAAUGGAACGGUUGGAACCGAUACCCUUUAUUAUGGCGAGUUUGAAAACUAUGGACCUGGUGCAAACACCAGCAGUAGAGUGCAAUGGCCUGGUUUCAUUGUGAUGAAUGCUUCACAAGCUAUGAAUUUUACUGUCUAUAAUUUCACAAUGGCAGAUACUUGGUUGACUGACAUAGACAUACCAUUCUCAGGAGGAUUACUCCAGUACUAGAUAUAUGAACUUAUGUCAGUUGCAGUUGAUGUGUAAUUUUUUCUUUCUUGGAAUUGUAUGAUUUGUUGAAACUCUGCAUAUUCAAUAAAACUAAUCGGUAACUGUUUAUCUGCUUAA